GUCUAGCGCUCAGUCGGGUGUAAGCGCCGGGUGCUGACUCUACGCUCGCGGUGAGUGCGCUCUGUGCGACGUUUCCUGUCCGCUCCGGUGCACCGCUGCAGCCCCAGCCCUCGUCCUGAUCCGGCGACCAUGGCUUCAGCUUUGGAGGAGCUUCAGAAAGACCUAGAAGAGAUAAAGGUGCUGCUGGAAAAGUCCAUUAGGAAAAGAGUAUGUGAUGUGCUUACAGCUGAAAAAUCUAAGAUCGAGACUGAAAUAAAGAACAAGAUGCAACAGAAAUCACAGAAGAAACCAGAACUUGACAAUGAAAAGCCAUCUGCUAUGGUUACUCCCAUUACAACAGGAUACACAGUGAAAAUCAAUAAUUAUGGAUGGGAUCAGUCAGAUAAGUUUGUGAAAAUCUACAUUACCUUAACUGGAGUUCAUCAAGUUCCCCCUGAGAAUGUGCAGGUGCAUUUCACAGAGAGGUCAUUUGAUCUUUUGGUAAAGAAUCUAAAUGGGAAGAGUUACUCCAUGAUCGUGAACAAUCUCUUGAAACCCAUUUCUGUGGAUGGCAGUUCAAAAAAAAAAGUAGAAAACACACGGUGGGACUACUUGACUCAAGUUGAAAAAGACUGCAAAGAGAAAGAAAAGCCUUCCUAUGACACUGAAGCAGAUCCUAGUGAGGGAUUAAUGAAUGUUCUAAAGAAAAUUUAUGAAGAUGGAGAUGAUGACAUGAAGCGAACUAUUAAUAAAGCCUGGGUGGAAUCAAGAGAGAAGCAAGCCAAAGGAGAGACAGAAUUUUGAGAGACUUAAGUCCUUUUGGGAACUGUGAUGUGGAAAUACUGAUGUUUCUAAUAAGGGAAUGUUGGUGAGCUACACAUAAAUUUGACAGAUAACUAUUUACAAAGCCUUCUAAAUAAAAGCAGUAAAUUCUCCACUUCUUAGUGGAGGAUUUAUUUAAAUAAAAUAGGCUUAUUAAAUGCUUCCUCCAAAGAUGGUUGUAUUAGUACCCUGAUCAUUUUGUUCAAGAAAGGUUAUAUGGCAUUCUCAUUGAGACAUGAAAAACAAGUUUUACCUACUGAAAAUGCUGUUAUGUGUUAUUUCAGUCUAGGAGGUAGAAAACAUAAGUAUUUGCCUGUAAGCUCCUACUAAUGUAAGAAUAAUUAAGAGCAAAACCAAAUUUUUCCAUAACAUUCACAUUUGAACAUGUGUUUGAAAGUUGUUAUAGAGCAGUUGAUCAUUUAUUACCAGCUUAAGCGGUGCAUAUUCCUUGCAUUACCAUGUACUACUAAUCCAGUCACAAAGGUUUCUGUUCAGAUUCAAGUAUUUGUUUAUGAAUAUAGAACUGAAACUAAAAGGAAACUUGACAAGGAUAGAUAAGCAUCUUUGUAUAGUACCAACACUGGCAGGUUCUACCAUGGAUCAAAUGGUUACAAAGUAAUAACCAUGAAGCAAAAGUAAUUUGAAAGUCUACCGAUUCCUAUGUUCAAUAA